UGUCCGAUACAGGUCAAUUUGAAGAACUCAAUUUUAUGCUAUAUCCAAAUGAAUGUGAAGCAGAGCAGCAUUCUGAACCUUAUAAUGAUAAGACUCAUAACAGUGACUCUACAAAAAUGAAUCAGGAAAAACAUGAAGUCAAGGAUAGUAUCCCAGCAUUCUACAGUAGCUUGAAAUCCUUGAAAAGUUCAGAUAAGGAAGGUUGUUGAAGCUGUAGCCAAAAUACUUUUGCCUUUAAUACUCAUCUAAAAUCUUCCUCUCCUCAACAAACAGUAAUGUUUGAUAAGUCUCCCCAAAGACCAUGCAGCAGCAACUGUGAUAGCUACAUGAUUGACGAGAGAAAGAAAUUAUUCGAAUUAGAGAGGCAAGUGAGCUAUCUCAUGAGCGACAACACGAAUCUCCACGAUCAAAAAGAGAAGAUGGAACUCAGCCAUAACAAAGAAAUAGCUAACCUUAAGGAUAAGCUUGAGCAAGAGAAGGAAGAAAUGAAAUAAACAGUUCCAAAAGUACUGCCAAGACAUCAGAGAUAUGUAUGACACAGAAAAGGAAACCCUGAAGGACAAAAUCCAUAAGCUGAUGAACGAAUUGGCCCAAAACGAGAGAGAGAAGGACAAUACAAAAGAUGCCAUGCAAAAUUCGUUAAAAGAAGUCAAUCAUUUAUAUGGACAAAAAGUUGAUUAUCUCCAGAAAGAGCUGCUUGAAACCAGAACUGAAGCUAACACCCGGUUGAUUGUCCUAACUAGUGAUCUUAAUGAAGCCCAAAAGGCAUUCAAGAAAAGCGAGGAAACUAUCCUGAAUUUAAAAAAGAAGCUCAGAGAAUCCAAGUAUCAGUAUGAAAUCUCUCAAAAAGCAGCAAGUUAUCGCUUAGAAAAAUCAGAGAAACGAGCAAAUGAGGUAGACAAAUAUCAGGAAGAGAAUAAGAAGUUGAAGAAAGAUCUCAAAACUGCCAAGGUCAGACUCAGAAGUACCUCUAAAGAGAAGCAAUUUGCGGAGUCAAGUGCUAGUAAAUGUGGCUUAGCCUCUAAACUUUUGGGAUUUUCUGAAGCUCAGAAUUCUUCUUCCAAAAGAGAUCGUAGUCAGACGGAGUAUAACUGUUCCAGCACAAAUAAAACAGAUGUUAACUCAGUGGAGUACCAAGAGAUAAAGAUAAGGAUCCUACAGAAUACGAUCUACAACGUAGUCAAAGAGAAUGCAAUGCUCCGCCUAAAAAUGGAAGAAAUGGAUACUUUAGAAACUGAUCAUAACAAAGAAAAAGAGAGACUAAACUUAGCAACUAGAAUUGCUAAUAAAGAGUUAAAAAUUCUCAAACUGUUCAGAGAAUGUACAAAGAAAGUUACUUGCUCGCUCUGUUCAAACUCUAUGUCUCCAAACUUCUUCUAUCAACACGAAUGCAUUCUAGCAUUGGCAGGGAACAAUGACCCAGUUUUGGAAGAUAUCCAAAAAGAUGCAGAAAAGAUCCUCUUUAAGGAGUACUCAACGGCUUCAAUUGAUAUGAAAGAUAGCAUUAUAAAGACAGAGAAGAUACCCAAUCACGACAGAAAUUUCCCAAAAUGCGUCUCCCCCAUAGACAAAAAAACAGAGCAUGCAAAUGAAUACCUUGAUGCCCCCUUCUUUAACAACUUAGUCCUUGAGUCUGACACAGAAGUAGUAAAUAUUGAUAGUCACGACUUAACUGAUGAAGGGAUCCUCAAGAGGUUAAAAACUGAUAACAGCAGUUAUUAUCAGACCAACAACCUAAAAUCCGUUAUUCCUAAUUCAUGCCAGUUGAAUUAUGAGACCACAAGAAUGAGUGAUAAGAGCAAGAAGACUGGGAAGAAAAGUUUAGGCAGGAGAGGAUCUCUUCCUCGUGACACAAAAAAUUCUAAAAAGAUAGAUACAAGCAAAAGAUCUUGCAAGUCAAGGAAUAAAAAUAAUGAAUUCACUCGAGUCCUUUCAGAAAGAAUUCUUGAAACCACAGGGAAGUCUAGACUGAACGGGACCAGGAGUAAGGUGGCUAAGCUCAACCUCUAUCCAAGUAUGAUUGAAUCAAAAAUGAUCAACCAAUUUGCUCAUAUGAAGAACUCCCCUAGUAAGCAUCACAAGAGAACCAGAAAUAACUCAGAGUUCAGAAGCAUGAACAGUAAUGACACUAGGAACAAGACUGCAAAGACCUGUAAAACACAAAAGAAGCUAAUAACUUCUCUGAAGAACUGAGAGCCUGAAAUAAGUGAUAGUAAUGCUACCACCAGACUAUCAAGCAUCAGAGCAAAUCUGUUGAACACAAAGUAUAAGUACAUGAACACUAAAAAGCCAAGCGUAAAGAAAGACAAGACAGCUCAAGGAAUUUCUUAUAGCUACCAAAGAAAAUUUGUAAAAGAGAAUAUCCCAGCAAAAACAACUAAGAAAGAGGUUCUUAAAAGUAGCAUCAACCUUAGGAUAGGCGAAGACCGUGAAAGAGAAAUAGGGCUUAGAGAGGAUUCCUUGCUCAGCACUCCUACCCAAGGAGGUGAUCUUACCAUUACUAGUGAAAAUGGAGAAACAAAGCCUUCUGAAAAAGUUCAAAGGAAGGUUCAUGAAUACAACGGAAAGAGAGCAUUCGGAAUGCUUCAGAAAAUGAAGAAUAAAUAA